AUGACGAGGCAGCCAGUGGGUAACAAAGAAGAAAUAAAUAUGGAAUUUAAAAGUAUCAUAUGUAUUUUAGUUGGAUUUUUGUUCAUUGCUACAGUAACGUGUUUAAAAUCAAAUCACCUCUUAUCAGAUGAUGAACCAAACAGCAUAAGAACAGUUUCAGUGCUAGAUGCUUUAGGCGAAGCUGAUGAUGAUGAUGUUAGUGCAGACAAUGGCUUGUUAGCAAUCAGUGAAUGGUUUCCUAGAGUUGUUUUCGGUCCCAGUUAUAAACCAGAUAAACGGGGAAGUCUAAUGCGGUUUGGCAAGAAGGCUUCAAUGUUGAGAUUUGGAAAACGGGGUUCUUUAUUUCGAUUUGGUCGAAAUAACCCCUUACCGUUAUAUUUACAAGCCCCUAUUAGAAGUGAAAGAGAAGAUAUACCGAAGACAAAGAAAGUUCCAGAUUCAUUUCAUUGGGGACGUGAAGCGGAGUAA